ACCAAAGCAGAGGAAAGCAGAGAGAGAGAGAGAGAGAGAGAGAGAGAGAGAGAGAGGAAACUAAGGAUAAUACAAAAAUGACACUUAUUUCUUCGCUUUGUUCUUCUCCUCCGAUCACUUCCUCGUCGUCGUUUCCAUUCUCCACCAAUUCCUAUGCUUUCUCCAACCUCAGAUCCCAAAUCCAUUCUUCUCCUUCCACCAACAUUUUCACCCAAAAAAUCGACACCACUCUCCUCACCAUCGCCGAGUCCUUCUACGACGAUGAACUCUGGGCCGCUGCCUCUCUCCGCGUUCGUUCCUUCCACCAAUUCCGACCCGACACCUUCGGAGUUCAAGAUCAUACGAGGUACUUAGCGGAGCGUGAGUUCGAAGCACUUCAGGAGCGUGUUUCGGGGAAAAGAAUGGGCUUUAGAAGAGUCUCUUGCAUAAAUGCUUCACUUCCUUUGUCCCAUAUAGCCACCCUAUCUCAUGAUUUAUGCUCUUCAUGUAAGUUUUCUGCCAAUGGUGAAGACCGGAUUGUAGUUGGCACUCUUGAUCUUAAUCAGUGCUUGAGCCUUCCUGAUGAAAUUGUUGGAAUGAAACCAGAGGUCGUUGGAACUGAUAUCACAAGGGCAUACCUAAGUAAUGUAUGUGUUGCUAAAGAGUUGCACAGAAAUGGGUUGGGUUAUGCUCUUCUUGAAAAGUCAAAGUUAGUUGCUCAUGAUUGGGGCAUAACAGAUUUGUACGUCCAUGUUGCUGUUGACAAUGAACCAGCAAAGAAAUUGUAUACAAAGAGUGGGUUUGUCUAUGAAACUGAUGAACCUGCGUGGCAAGCCAGGUUUCUAGAUCGACCCCGAAGACUUCUCCUAUGGACAGGGCUUCCAAGCACCUAAUGUGACAGUGCUGUCUUGUGUUGAUAUGGUUUUCUGCCUAUCCUUGUUUGAAUUAUUUUCAGAAUAUUCCUACAUUGCCUCAUAUUAGUUCUUUUUCCUUUUAUUCCUAAGCCCAAGUGUAAAGUGUUUUGCCAUUUUAGCAAAUUCCCUGACCAGGUUCCACUUUUGAUGACAUGGAAUGGCUUCCCUUUAUUAUUUUGUCAAACGAUUAAACAAGCAAAAAUGAUCAUGUCUUUUCCGUUAUGCGG